AUGGUUGAAUUGGGUUUCAACGACGACACAGUGACAAAUGUUCGGAUGAAUUUAUUGGCAUCCGCUAACACCAGCUGGGAGCUAGGUACUGCUGCAGAAGCUUUGACGGAACUUUCUUGGCCAUCUUUGGCUGUCUUUCAAUCGUCCGCAUUUCCACCUAUUACUAACGAGUCACACCGGCCUUCUGACGUGAUCGACAUUGCAACCAACCAGCAGCUGGACUAUCUUCUUAAUCAUGCCCCACGGUCACCAUCUGGUGCUAUCUCUCAGAGAACUGACGAAGUACAGCUCUGGUCUGAUUUUGUUUACAUGGGACCUCCCUUUAUCGCGUACUAUGGAGCUUUACAAGGUGGGGACAAGGGAGCAGCACUUUUGCAGACUGCCUACGACCAGUGUCGGCUUUAUCGUAAUGAACUAAGAGAUGCUAAUGGGCUUUGGAGGCAUGUUGCCCUUGGUUCAUGGCAGGACCGCACACAUUGGGGCACAGGCAAUGGAUGGGCAGCGGCAGGGAUGCUGCGUGUAUUGGAAACAAUCCAGAAGUCAACCCAUGCAUCGAAUUUCAUUGAGCAACAGGCAAACCUCACCAGCUGGAUUCAAGAAAUUGUUAAAACCGCCUGGAACUAUCAGCAAGAAGACGGAGCAUUGCUCAAUACAUUAGAUGACUCGAGUUCUUUCACCGAUACAUCCGCCACUGCUAUCCUCGCCGCAGUGACUUACCGAAUGGCGGUAGUUAGGAAUGAUACCACUGACAUCCAUGACGCUAGCAUGGCGCUACGUGCAAUCGCGAACAACAUGGAUGCCAACGGCUGGCUUCUGAACACCGUCAAUCCUUAUACUUUCAAUUCACCCACUGAUGCAGGUAAUCACAGCCCUGAGGGCCAAGCGUUUGUUUUGCUGUUACAUUCCGCGUGGCGAGACUACGUGGAUUAUUUUACUCAGGAUGAUAAUUAA